CUCCUGCUGCCUCCUGCCUGGCCUCGGCUCAUCCCGUGCCGCUGCUGCAGCCUCCCGGCACACCAGAAGGUGGCCUUGCCAGCUCUGUCCCCCACGAUGCAGAUGGGCACCAUUGCACGCUGGGAAAAGAAGGAGGGUGACAAGAUCAAUGAAGGGGACCUCAUAGCAGAGGUGGAGACAGACAAAGCAACAGUUGGCUUUGAGAGCUUGGAGGAAUGCUACAUGGCCAAGAUCCUGGUGCCAGAAGGAACAAGAGAUGUUCCUAUUGGGGCCAUAAUAUGUAUCACAGUAGAAAAGCCUGAAUAUAUUGAUGCCUUUAAAAAUUAUACUCUAGAUUCUGCAGCAUCUGCCCCCCCUGCAGCCUCAGUGCCUCCCCCUCAAGCUGCAGCUCCUUCACCACCACCUCAGCCUUCUCCUCAGGCUCCUGGCAGCUCUUACCCUCCUCAUAUGCAGAUCGCUCUCCCUGCCCUGUCACCUACCAUGACAAUGGGCACGGUGCAGAGAUGGGAGAAGAAGGUUGGGGAGAAACUGAGUGAGGGAGACUUACUGGCAGAAAUUGAGACAGAUAAAGCCACAAUAGGCUUUGAAGUGCAGGAGGAAGGCUACUUGGCAAAAAUCUUAGUGCCUGAAGGAACAAGAGAUGUGCCAUUAGGAACAGCUCUCUGCAUCAUUGUGGAGAAAGAGUCUGAUAUUCCAGCCUUUGCUGACUACCAGCCCACAGCGGUAACAGACAUCAAGGCACAAGCUCCUCCUCCCAGUCCUCCUCCUCCAGUGGUGGCAACUCCUGCUGCUGCUCCGCCUCCUCAGCCUCCUGUUCCUGCCACUCCAGCAGUCCCUACAGCUGGGCUGCCUCCCCGGAAAGGAAGGGUCCUGGUUAGUCCCCUGGCAAAGAAAAUCGCAGCAGAAAAAGGAAUUGACCUUGCCCAAGUGAAAGGUACUGGACCAGAUGGUAGAAUCACAAAGAAAGAUGUGGAGUCAUUUGUGCCAUCAAAGGUUGCUCCAGCUCCAGAAGUAGGGGCAGUUCCUGCAGCUGCUGCAGUUGCAGCAGCACCAGUGGGGACCUUCACAGAUAUCCCUAUCAGCAACAUUCGGAAGGUCAUUGCUCAGCGGCUGAUGCAGUCUAAACAAACAAUACCUCACUACUACCUUUCUAUUGAUAUAAAUAUGGGAGAAGUACUGGUGCUAAGGAAAGAACUCAAUGAGAUGGUCUCAGGUAACACUAAGCUUUCUGUCAAUGACUUCAUAAUCAAAGCUUCUGCUCUGGCUUGCUUGAAGGUGCCUGAGGCAAAUUCAUCAUGGAUGGACACAGUUAUCAGGCAAAAUCAUGUAGUGGAUGUUAGCGUUGCAGUUAAUACUCCUGCAGGGCUUAUAACCCCUAUUGUGUUUAAUGCACAUAUAAAGGGCCUGGCUUCCAUUAGUAAGGAUGUGGUUUCUUUGGCAGCUAAAGCUCGAGAAGGUAAACUUCAACCUCAUGAAUUCCAGGGUGGUACUUUCACAAUUUCCAAUUUAGGAAUGUAUGGGAUUAAGAAUUUCUGUGCUAUAAUCAAUCCACCUCAAGCCUGCAUCCUUGCUGUUGGUUCCUCAGAGAAAAGGCUAGUGCCAGCUGAUAAUGAGAAAGGAUUUGAUGUGGCCAGUAUGAUGUCCGUUACACUUAGCUGUGACCAUCGUGUUGUAGACGGAGCAGUUGGAGCACAGUGGCUUGCUGAAUUCAAGAAUUUCCUUGAAAAGCCAGUAACCAUGCUGCUGUAAUUUAACCAUGCAAGCAGAAUUUUUCUGGAUCACACUUUUGUUUUAAACAAGCUAUUUAGACGUGAGUGUUCAGACUUAUUAAAAGAGUUCCUUUUUUAUUUUAAAUAUGUAUUAUAUUAUCUGGUAAUGUUAUUACCAGUCUGUACAGA